AUGUUGAGAGUAGCUCCUUUUCGGCUGCUGUUUUUGCUGUUAGUAACUAAUGCACAAUCAUUGACGAACAGAAACACUCAAGCUAAUCUCUAUGAAGAGCAAAUAUCAGCACUUCCCGAUAUUGAGUAUGAACAAGUCAUCGCUGAGCGUUAUCUUUUUGCUUCAUUUGCAAAUGAAUCUACUAUUUGGCCUAUACUCACCAAUAUCAAAUAUGCAUGGCAAGCUAUUUCAUUACCAGGAUAUCACUCACAAGCUUCCAAAGGAGUCUGGCUUCUAUCUGAAGUUAUUAAUGAAGAUAAAGCAAUGACUUCAUCAUUUGGCCAAUAUCAAAUGUCCUGGAUGUUGCUGUCUGCCAAUGCUACAUUGGUAGUUUUAUCCGAGAUUAAUGUGAACAAUAAUAACAGUUUCCUAGUUUCAUCACAUAAUCCAAUAACUUCUUCGUCUUAUUCAGCUGCUCUUAUCACACCAAAUAGUGUACAGUUGAUAUUAUGUGAUAUAUCAAAUGCUACAUCUUGCAGAGUCGUACAAACAAUAUAUUUUCCCUCGGUUCUUGACAAUAUUACUAAAAUCAAUGAUGGCUUAUUUGUAGAAGAUUCUGGGCUUGCUGGAUGGUUAUAUAUUGCUAGUAAUUCAGGCUUACAUGGAUUGAACCUUGCAAAUAUGACAAUUAGUCCUUAUAUUCAUGGGAUAAAUGUUUCUGUAUCUUCAUUAGCAUGGAGUUCAAAACGGCAGACAAUAUUUGCUGGUACAGAAACAAAACUUUGGAUUCAACAAUAUGAUAAUGGUAAUGAAAGUUGGCGUUUUGAACAUAUUAAUGCAUUCAUAGAUGUACCGAUUACUUCAUUAGUAUAUAAUGAUGCACAAGAUAAAUUAUGGAUCGCACAAAAUACAGGAAUAGUUUUACUCUCUCCAAUGGUCAUGUCAACGGGGCGUCUCCAUUGGUAUUUCUCUAGAUUAGCAGGACAAAUUUCCAAUCCCGGAUCCUAUAUAGGACACUUGCCAUUUGCAAAUAUAACUAAACUGAGUGUCAGUCAUUCAAAAUCAACUGAAAGUAGUGUAUGGCUAGGUGGUGUUUAUGGAGUAAUGCGUUACGAUUCGAAUACAAGUGAUUUAAACGCAUGGCGAGUUUUCAAUAGUGCUAGAUACAUGCCAAAUCAUGAAUCACAAGUCAACGUGUCUUCAAUAGCUGCAAUGAGUCGUGAAGAUGAUACACUAAAUAACAUAGGUAGUACUGCAGUAGCAAUCACGAAUCGAGGUCUAACUGUUUUACGAUUCGAAAAGUGGACCUUAUCCCAAAAGGCAGAAUACUUCCAAAAUUUUCUCGAUCAACCAGGCAGACAUGAUAAAUAUGGUUUAGUAUCGGGUUGCAGUAUGACAUCUUGGGGUGAUACUCGUACUUGUAUCAAAGGACCGGAUGAUAAUGAUGGUCUUUGGACAUCUAUGUAUUUGGCAAGUCAGGUCUUUCGCUAUGCAGUGAUAAGAGAUCCCGCGAUUAAAAGUCAAGCAUGGAAACAUUUUGAAGCAUUAGAACUACUUAAUCAAGUUUCAGGUAUUCUUGGCUAUCCUAGUCGUUCAUUAGCAAAACGUACUGAUUUCCCUCCGGAUCCACACUGGCAUCCUUCUCCCAUUUAUUCAGAUCUACAAUUCAAAGGUGAUACAUCAUCGGAUGAAAUUGUUGGUCACGAAUUUGUCUAUCCUCUCGUACAUGAUUUAUUGGCUGAAAAUGAUAGUGAGCGGCAACGAGCCUAUAUACUAGCUUAUAAUAUUACUAAUCAUAUUUUAACUCAUAACUGGUAUUUAGUAGGCGAAAAUCAUACUUAUACAACAUGGGGUAUUUGGAAUCCUAUUCAAAUAAAUGAUGAUAGUUUUUAUCAAGAAAGUAGAGGCCUCAAUAGUCUUCAAAUAUUAGCAUUUCUAUUACAAACCUAUGCCUAUAGUCAUGAAGAACGUUUUCUCGAUGGUGCCUAUAUUCUCGUUCAAUCAUAUCAGUAUGAUGUCAAUCUUAUUAAUCAAAAGACAAUUGCUGUUUGUGAUAAUAAUUUUUCUGAUGAUGAGUUAGCAUAUUUGUCGUAUUUUACAUUCGCUCAUGCACUUCAGACUAUUGAUUCAUCAACUAGUUUCUCUCUAAAACAGAAACAACGCGUAAAAGUAUUGAUUGAUCAACUGUUUGAAUAUAUGAAGAUUGGAUUGAAUCUAUCACAUAAAUACAAAAUAAUGGAAAAAUCACCAUUCUAUAACUUUAUUUAUUGUUAUGUCAGUGGUCAGGUGAAUCAAACCGGAAAUCUAUUUAAAAGGUAUGACUUAUCAUCUAGAACGUCUUCUGAUUUCGAUUGUAAUUCAUUAUCCAAGGAUGGUAUAUGGUAUAUGCAACGUUGGCCACUUGAACUUAUCGAUUGGCAACAAUUCAAUAGUGAUCGCUUAGAUAUUCAACUUAAUACACCAGCUCAAUGCAAUGCAGGACAGCAUUCAUUACAAUUGCUUCCGCCUGAUGAGCGAACUUCUCAAAAAUGGAAUUCAGAUAUCUACGCUCUAGAUAGUGGCAGUGGAUUCAAUGAAGAUGAUCCAGCCGCUUUCUUAUUAAGUUAUUGGGGAAUGCGUUAUUUCAAUUUGUUAGGAUAG